AUGUUAAAGUCCUUAAUUGUUAAACACUUGCUUAAGUCAAAACUUUUCAAGAGCAUAAAUCUUGAAACAGCUUUGUUGAGUUCUGUGACAUUUACUCUUUUGACUUUCUUAAAUGAAUUCCGACAUAAUACUCAAUGGCAAACCAGAAUGGGAAAAGCUCCGCGUAUUUCACUCGUCUACAAAAGAAAGAAGAAAGAACUGGUGGAAGAAGGAAAUGGGUGGAUAAUUGCUGAGGCAAAACCUAUGGGACAUAAUUUGAAGACAUUAACUCUCUGUAGCGUACAUAAAUAUGGGGACGCUAGCUGGAAAGUUGAUCCCUUUUGA